AUGCACCAACGGGACAAGGUAGAUACACCACUUCCUGGUUUAAAACUGCCCAAAACUGUGAAACAAUGGGCGACGGCAAACGCGUACUUCCAUUCGCAGAGAACAAAUCUACCCAAUGUCAACAACAUCGACAACUUUGCCAACAGUCUUCAAUCAGUAAUAUACGACUACUUCGCUUCAAACUAUGGCACGUUGGAAACAAAAACAAUUUCAUCUGUUGAUCAGAACAAGCCAAUCAACAAAUUGAAGAAGGAGCUAAAACAACUCAAAGUCUUGGGCCGAAACAAUCACAACUAUGACUUGCAAAUCAAAGCGCUUAAUAAAGAAAUAAGAUCAAAGUUAUCAGCCUUGAAAGCGCAAAAAUUUAGGAAGAACUCAGAUAUUACCAAUCAAUUGCAACAAAAAUUAUGGCCUACUUGUAAAAAGCUGUUUAACCUAUCAAAUAGUUCGCUACCUUUGUUCAACGUUACAGAAUGUGAAAAAUUCUUUAAAAAUAUUUUAAAUAAUCAGCUCACCAAAAAGUUCCGUUUGCCAAAUUGGAUCUACACUCCGCCGGAUCCAUCAUUUCCAUGCUCUGUUGACCCCCCAACAUACAACGAUAUUUUAUCAAUCAUUCGCAAAUGCAAGUCAAGAGCAUCUCUCUGCCCUUUAGAUCUAAUAUCAAUAAUUAUUUUCAAAAAAUGUCCAAUAAUUCGCACAAUUUUACACCAACUGCUGGAAGAUGCCAUUUGGGAACGAACAAUUUUCAAGUCAUCUUUUCUAGGCCCCUUCUUGUUUGAGGUGAGCAGUGUGAGUACUAAAUUGAGCUGCCCAGUUGCCCUAAAAGCUGUCAAAAAGAUUUGUAAUUUCUUUUCAAAAACUCAGCAACCAUCACUCCAGGACUGCUUGUGUGCAGCACACAGACUAGAGCGUGAUGGCUCAAUGGUUGAAGGCGCCUGGUAUGGCUAUUGCAAUAAUUGGGUUCGAAUAUCCCCGCUUAUCAUAUGCAAUGUGUACGAUGCGUGCAAUAAAAAUCGCACCGAAGCCAUUAACCCGAACAAAGAAACCAUAUCAUUUGGUAAAGAAGACAGUAAAAUUAACAAAAAAACAAAGGCCUGGGUUACGCAAAUUUUCUGUAUAGAUUGCAAAAAGUGGUGGGUUAUACAAAUUUUCUAUAUAAACUGCAACAAGUGUUGA